AAGAAACAGAGAAGAAAAAGAAAAAAUAAAACUACAAGAAUGGCCACCGUCACCUCUGCAGCUGUUGUUAUCCUAUCUUUCACUGGUCUUAAGGCAGCAAGAUCCACUACAGCCAAAGCCAGUGACAAGGUUACAGCUUCUACAGUCCCAAAACUCGCUAUCAAGGCUUCAAUGAAGGACGUGGGUGUUGCAGUUGCGGCCACUGCAGCAAGUGCAAUUCUCGCCAGCAAUGCCAUGGCCAUUGAGGUAUUGCUUGGAGAUAGUGAUGGAUCACUGGUUUUUGUUCCCAGCAACUUCUCUGUGGCUGCAGGAGAAAAGAUUGUGUUCAAGAACAACCGUGCCUUCCCACACAACGUUGUGUUCGACGAGAACGAAAUUCCAGUUGGGGUUGAUGCGUCCAAAAUCUCCAUGUCUGAAGAAGAUGUCCUGAAUGCUGAAGGAGAGACUUAUGAUGUGACCUUGUCUGAGAAAGGCACCUACAGUUUCUACUGUUCCCCUCACCAGCGAGCUGGCAUGGUGGGAAAGUGACCGUUAUGCAGUGACCACCUAGAAAAUCUAUUUUGAGGAUUUAAUUAAAAAAUAUAGUUCGUAAAAAUAAUAUAAAUUUAUAAAAAAAAUUUUAAAAAUAAAAUUUACUUGUUAAAAAUUAAAUGAAAGUUAAUUAAAAAAAUAAUAAAUAUUUAACAUUAAAAAUUAUUAUAUUUAUAAUGUAUUAAUGACUUAAAAUUAAAAAAUUUAUCUAAUUUAUCUCAAAUUUAUUAUUAUUAUUUUUAUAAUAAUCAAGAAAAAUAAUUUUAAUUAAAAUUAUAAAUUAAAUAAAAUAAAUAAUGUCCUUAAUUUAUAAAAGAAUUUUUUUUUAAUUUGAGUAUAAGAAAAUUAUAGUAAGAGAAAAUUUUAAUAAUA